AUGGAAGAUCCAGUCUUCACUGACAUCAAUCAAAAUGCUAACGACACCAUUGUCUCUGAGGUUUCAGAUUCUGAGGAAAAUAAAGGGGGUGAUCUUUCUGAUCAUGUCCCUGCAGAUUCAGCAUCCCCUUUUUCCAUCACUAAUGUUCCAGAAAACACGGAUAGUAGUAAAGAAAACUCAGAAGAUAGCUGUAAUAAUUCUGUGGCCUCUCAGCAUGGAAGUGAUGGAGAAAAUGACUCUUCAUCUCACCAUAGUGCUGAAGAAGAGCGCCCACAGCAGCAGAUGGAUCUGAUGAGCCCAACUCUGGAAGAUAAGGACGUAGAGAGCACAGUGUUUGAGAGCAACCUGCAUUUUCCUCCAGAUUUCCAGUCUCGUCAGAGACAGAGCACUUUUACCAACUCUUCAACUUCCCUCAAGCUUCCGCUUAACAAUAACUUUGGAGAAAGUAGCAACUUUCAGGAAGAUUUUGAGAUUUCCAUUUUUGUAAAGGCUGGUAUAGAUGGAGAAAGCAUUGGGAACUGCCCGUUCUCCCAGCGUCUCUUCAUGAUCUUGUGGCUCAAAGGAGUUGUAUUCAAUGUCACCACUGUUGACCUGAAAAGAAAGCCAGCUGACCUGCACAAUCUGGCUCCUGGGACCCACCCACCUUUCCUGACAUUUAAUGGAGAAGUCAAGACAGAUGUUAACAAGAUUGAGGAAUUCUUGGAAGAGACUCUUGCACCUCCAAAGUACCCAAAGCUGGCUGCUAAGCACCGGGAGUCAAACACUGCUGGAAUCGAUAUCUUCUCCAAAUUUUCUGCAUACAUCAAAAACACCAAGCAGCAGGAUAAUGCUGCACUUGAAAGGGGCUUGGUGAAGGCUCUGAAGAAGCUGGAUGACUACCUGAGAACUCCCCUGCCAGAGGAGAUUGAUGCAGACAGCACUGAAGAGGAGAAAGUGUCUAAACGCAAGUUUCUGGAUGGAGAUGACCUGACACUUGCUGACUGCAACCUUCUGCCCAAACUUCAUGUUGUCAAGAUCGUUGCAAAGAAAUACCGCAACUUCGAGUUCCCAGCGGAGAUGACGGGGCUGUGGCGGUACCUGAAGAACGCGUACACGAGGGAUGAGUUCACCAACACCUGUGCAGCAGACAAAGAAAUCGAGCAAGCCUACGCAGAUGUGGCCAAGAGGCUCAGCAAGUCGUAACUGCCCCCAGCCAUGGCUCAGUAUCCCCUUUCACAGACUCUGCUCCUUGUUGCCUUAAGAUGUACUUUAUCCUUAUACUGUCUGGUUGGCAUCUUUAUGACUUCACCUGUUCCAAGUGUAUUGGGCAGGGACAAAUCUGCCUCUCCCUGGAGAAAAGAGAAGGCAGCUGUAGUGGGGGGUGGGGGGUGGAUACCCUUUGAGGUCUAACCCAAGAUCUGGCUCAACUAGUAUUAUUUGCAAUCAGUAUUGGAAAUGAGUCCACUUGACUAGUUUCUUGUUCUGUUGUUGGGGGUACAUCAUGACCUGUAUUCUUUAGAGUUUUAAAAAUAGCUGAAAUUUCAGGUGAGAGAGUUAGGAAUACACAGGUUCCUCUCUAGGUUAUUUCAAGGACGCUUUUUCCCUCAGUUCUAUUAAGAUCCUUGAGGCAUGAACAAAAUAGAAGAGAGAGAGAGGGGAAAAAUAGGAGUUUGACCCUAAAGCAGAAGUGCUCUUAGCAGUUAUAUUUAAAUAAACUCUCUGAAAGCAUCUUCUGUCUUAGCAGGCCUGGGAGUUUAUAGGGUAUUUAUUUUUAACUUGGCGCAAGAGGGGGAAGCCUGAGUGAAUAUGUCAGACUUGCAGAUGCUACUCUGCAUAAAAUUUGCAUGGUGUUGUUGGAUCCGAAUGUUUUAAGCAAAAGAGAGUGAAAGAGCAAUUGAGCAGACAGCCCUUGGAAGAGCAGGGCCUGUGCCAAAACUGUGCCAGUGGAUCUGCUGGUUGGUAGAGACAGACAGACAGCAGUAACAGGGGCAGCAGAUUGACUCCAGCACCCACAGAGGGAAUUGGCACAGCAAACCAAACCACGUAGGAUAUUGUCGUCUUGACUGUAAGGUUGCCAGUUCCUUUAUAAUUGCUAUCUUGGGAAACUUGGAUCAGCAGUGGGAAGCUGUCGCUGCACAUGGAUUCCAGGCAGGGGAAGCGCUUUCUUCGCCUUGGGCUCCAGAUGGGUCACUUUCAAGUGCUCAUCAUCUCACCCCAGGAGGAGUUUGCUGGGAGAGCCUCAAAGAGGGCAGGCUGGCACAGUGAGAGGCACAUUUCCAGACAGGAAUUCAGCAAGUGUUUUCUAGCAGAAAUCCAUGCAUGACGCCUCAAUCCUGCUCAUCCAGGCUUUACCCAUCCAGGUUCCACAAUUCUGAAUUAGGCUUUUUUUCCCUAAACGUGAUUAUUUUGCUCUGUCUGCAGGGCCUGCUUGGCACAUCUACUUUACACUGGUGAUUAUUUGCACGUUUCUUCAGCAAAUUCAGAAUGGCAGCUCUUUCACUUGAAACUCAUGUGCCCCAGUAUGCACAGGAGAGCACAUGGCUUGCGGGUUUCAGUUUGUGGGGGGAUUUAUUGCUGUUUUAAAAGAUAAAAUAAAGCUGAGCUGUAUCCUGAUGUGGCUCCCCUUCUGAUCAGAGCUGCUAAAGCUGCACUGGUUUGAGGGGAACCCCAAGCUGGUAAGCUGUGACCAAGGGGAACCUCACAGCAGACUUGUUUGCAGCCAGAGAGCUGCAAAAGUGGAACAACAUCAAAAGCCAGGCUCUGCCACAUGAUGCUGAUGACAAUCUGAGACCAUCCUUUUGCUUUAGUGGGUUAAUUCCACUUUUCACACUAAUCCAGCUGGGAGCAGAAUGUUGCUCAUUGACUGAAGGGAGUUUGUGGUUGACUAUUGUUUCACAUGCAAUGGUCAAUUUGUUCUGAACUUUCAAAACCUUGGAAGAAAAUCCAUGAACUCCCAAGUCUUCUCCUAGAAUGAGCUAUUUUAGCAGUGGCUAGACUGGAGGGCAAAGGCUUGCACUCUUUAAAAUAUUGCUGAGAAAUCAGCUGGCUCAGAGAGCACUAAUAGCAGCCAGAAAAAUCUGAUGAGAUUAGAAGUAUCUGCACAAGCACAUGUGGCUUGUUAAAAACAUUUCUUCAUGAGAUUGGAAUUAUUGUGAUAUUAUUUUCUUUUUUUUUUUUCCUUUUUAAGAAAUCUGCCAAUUAUUUAUUUAUUUAUUUAUCUUAAUUGACUCAAUCCUUUCUUUCUGUCUUUCUGGUAUUUGUGUACACUCAACACUUGGGUCAGGAUAGGUCGGUCAGUUUAGAAGAGUGUUAUUAGCAAAGCUCUCCAAGUUUGUUCCUAGAGAAAAUUCUUCUAUCUGAUCAAUGGUCCUGGGGAUUUUUUAUUCUCAGUAUGAUCCUGUCAAUCAACAGAAACUACAUUUUUCUCAGUUGCCUAUUCCCAGGCUUGCACUUCAGUCAGUUGCUUUCCUUAGUCACAGUUGCUGCAUUUGAAUAAAAGACACAGAAGCAGAUGCAGAUUAUUGCUCUUUUAUAUAUUUAGGACAUAUUAUUUAUGUCCUAAAAGAAGGCUGUCCAAACAUGCAGCAGAUCUCAGGUGAACCAGGGUCUGCCCUGAUUUCCAUCUCAAAAUCGUCACCAUUUUGCUGAAUCUCAUAGUUCUUAAAUUCUCUUAUAUAUUUGUCUCUAUUUUUCAUAGAAGAGGGACAAAUCACUAUCAGCUGAUUUCUAUGACCUAAAAUUGCAUCUGUUUUAAAAAUAUUAUGUUUAAAAAUGAUUUGGCUUAUAUCAAAAAGAAAAUUAUCUAUAAAUGCAAUGAGCUUUUUCUAAGAUGAUUUUCAUGUUCUUAAAAUCUUCUUAAGAUUUCAUAACAAAAUCUAAAAGUCCCCAGGCUAAUUUCCUUUCAAUUAAUUGCAACAAUAUUUCCUUAAAUAUCUUCAUUUUUCAUACAGUACUCUAAAAUAUCUAGAUAAAAUAUAAUGAUGGAUAUGAGAAAUUAGAGGAAAAUGGAUCAGCUUUCAGCUAUAGUGCUGAUUCUGUCUGAAUUCAAGUCUCACUCUGCAUCCUAACUUUGCAUUUUACUCAUAACUCCAUUAUAGGCUGAUCCAAGAUCAUGGACAGGUUCAGGCAUUCCCUGACCUUUGUUUGGGUUUGAGAUCCAAGCUCAUGUUUUCAGAUCUGUAACUUUCACUCACCUUUGUGCUUCUUGGCUUUAUCCAUUGCCAGAAGCAGGCAAUACUGGAAAUCCUACAUAGAGAAGUGUUUUGCUAAGAUUUUGAGCUCAGUUCUCAAGGCUCAGGAUCCAUCACCAACGAGAUUCUAAAGGGCUCCAGACUCUUUUAGGCAGAAUAUUUUUGGUGACCUUCCAUUGUAUUUAGAAUUAUAAGUAGUAAAUAUUAAUCAUACAGGAUUGUAUAUCUACAUUGGCAAGGCAGCUUUUAUGAAAAGAAUCUAAGUGACAAGACAGACAUUGCAGAUUUAUAAUAACUUUGUUCAUAAAUUUUUUUGCAAGAUGUAAAGAAAGACAUAGUGCAGAGAGGGAAGAAGCCAACAAUGUGGAUUUAAUAAUCUACAUUUCAGAAAUGCAGACCAAAUGUCUGUGAAGAUGUCCAUUUCAUCCAAACAUUUCUUAGAUAUAUAUUUCAAAGCUCCCUGCUCAGUCAAUCCAGCACUUCAUUCAUAUUGGAACGAAUAUUGAUUUUUCUUCUAUUAGCAGUGGUAUGGGAGUUUUUGAGGUUCCCAUAGGUUAGUUCCCCUUAUUCUCUGUUAGAACUGUUUGAAUUGCCAAGAGGUCAUUUUACAGCACAGGUAGGACUAAAGAAUAUCUGUUUAAAGUCUAUUCAAACCAGGCUUUCUGAGAAACAUUUUUUCCUAUAGAUAUCACAUAAUGAUACUGCUUUAUUAGAUCUAGUGUGGAAUAUAGAACAACAGGCUACUCCUCUGGUUGCUGCAGGUGAAAAGGCACUGCUAGGGAGAAUGACAGUCUACAGCACAAAGAAAAUGGACAACUUUGUUUCCUACAAGAAAGUUCAGCUGAAUUGCACAUAGCAUUAAUUUUAAAUAUAUAUUUAUUUUAUGUUAACUCCUAAACACCUUUCUCCCUCUCUUGUCAGCUCCAAGUUAGCCAUAACCAUUUCCUCAGUGAUAAGUAGCAGGAUCCUUGUGGAUGGGCACAGGGGAGACUGUUUUAGUGUAGCCCUUCCAUCUGAUGGGAUGAAGGCCCCUAUCUGCAUCAUCUGAGUUCGGCUAAUAAGCUGAGUUGAAAGUACUGCAAAAAUUUAGACAGUGGAAGCCACACUUCUGUGAAACCAGAAGCACAUGGAAACAUUAUUUUUUUAAAAAAUUAAUUGGUAUUUUAAAGAAAAAAUACCCCCUAAGUCUUGUGUCCUCCUUCACAUGUAUUCUUUUAAGCAUCAGGAAAUUUGCCUUUGUUUAUAAAUUUUCUAAAUAUAUUCAUUAUUCUUGAAUUGUUUUUGAUAUUAAGAAACAUUUUUCCAGUAAGAUUUUGCCUCUCUGCUGAAUCUUUCAUAUCUUCAUUAAUUUUGAUGUCUGCAAUGACUUAGUAAUUCCAGAGGAGGCAGGAAAGCUGUGAGGUUUAUACUUGUUGAGAAGUUGAAGGAGGUAAUGAUUUGAUUUUUUUUUUUUUUUUUUUGAGAAAACAGCAUUAAAAUAAUUUUAAAAAUUGUGUCUUUUCAUCUGGGAUACUUUAACCAAGAGUGAUAGGCUGUUUAGUCUGGACUGUGAAUUUCAGCAUAUACAGCAAGGCAGCAUGUUGAAAGUAGCUUUUCCUAGGGGUUUCUCUCAGGUAGUAGACAUGUACCCUCUGAGUCACAAAUUUCCCAUUUCCUGCUUUCAGGAGGGCUGUGCUGGUUUGGACACUGAACUACAACAGCCCACUCAGUGCUCAGCAGUGAAAAGAGGAGUCCUGUUCCCUUUUCUUCCAGCUCAUGUGUAGGGAGCGCGGAGAGCAUUAAGCUGCUUUAUUUCCUUGUCCCACAUUCCAAACAACACUCAGCCCCAGAAAGGCCCAGAAACCCCAUCCAAUGCUCUUUUCCAAAGCUUGAUAUGUCCAUUUUUUCAACACAUGACAUAAAAGCCCGAAGAACUCCGUGUAAGCCCUCAGGAGCUCCCCACACAGGACUCAGCAGCCUCUCAGAGACCACCACAGCAAACAUCUUAUUCCCCUGUUGCCCCAAAUCAUUGCCUGUCACCAUGCACUGGAGAGAUGCUAAUCCUGAAAACACUCCCAAGGAUGUGUUUGAAUGUGGUGUAUUUGAGCUGUGCUCAUCAGCUAAGCAGCUCUGAAUGGUGGCAUUGUCACAGCUCAGCGGGUCGAGCCUCUGCUGCCAAGGGGACCCACCACAUGCUGGAGGAGCCGAAACUGCUGCACCAGUGAUGGUGCAACCAUGAUGAAAGGUUUGAGGGCCACCUUUCCUCCUGCCUGGCUCCCUGGCUGAGGUGUUAGAGCUCAGCUGGAGCCAUGAUCCAGCGCUAAUGAGCAUUUCUAGCUUGCACAUGUGAAUAGGGACUACUGAUGUGUUUAAUGUUAAACAUGUGCUUGCUUGCCUGCCUGCCUGCCUGGAGAGGAGCCUAAAAGCCAUGACAGAAAAGCCUAUAUUAAUGAAGGGAAUUAUUAUUCUCUUUCCUUUGAAAUCUGGUGGCAGAAUUCCCAGUGGGGGAAUUCCCAAUAGGAAUUCCCAGUAAAGCCAAAGGUGGCACAAGCACGAAGAUGUUUCCAGUGCAGGGAGAACAGAGAGCACUCAGGGAGAAAAGGAGGCAGCGGUGCUAUAAAGGUUCUUAGUGCAGAAGAAGGACACCAGGUGGUAACUGCAGGGACACGAGCAGCGCUGCCAGGCUCUGUUCUGGUCCCAUGGGGGUUCAGAGUGGAGCAGGGACCAGGCAGUGCAAUGCCAAGGCAUGUUCCACUCUAUCUCCAGCCACACUCCCUGUGCUGGUAUCUCACAGCACAACGAUGCCUUCAUUGUGUCUGCCUCACUCUUAUUAUGAAGUGGCUUGUCUAAAGAAAACUAAGAAGGGUGGGGGAAUUGAUUUUUUUUUUAUGUAUACAUGGAGUAAAAACAAUCUAAAUAUGCUUUAAUGGUUCUCAACAUGAUACUGUCAAUUCUCACCACAGGGUGGAAUUUGUUGGUGGAAAUUAAAUUAAAUUAAAUUAAAACAGAAAAGCUUGGCUAUUGCUAAUGGGUACUACUGGGAGCCCUAAAAGCAGUUUGCAGUGUAAAACCAUAACAGGAGUGAACAUCCUUUAAUUCCCAGAAUUGCUUGGGUUUCACAGGGUCAUUUUAGCCUAUUCUGCUGCACUGCUGAGAAGUUGCUCUUUCCUUGUCUCUCUAGAUCUAUAAACUCUGAAGAAUUUGGGAAAUGGCUACGGGCACCAAAUUAGUCUUUUUCUUUUUCACUCCUUUUUUUCCCCCUCCUUCAUUAAAUUAACUACUUUCAUUUGGAAAUAAGCAAUAAGUAAGUAGAAUUUGCAAACAGCAGAUUUCUCUACUCUUUCAUUAAGAAAGUUUUUAAGUGCUUUCAGGAAAUGAGAGGUUAUCCCCAGCUUUGUGAGUAAACCAUGGUGUAAAAUACAAGUGGGAUUCUGAUUAAAUUAUUGAAGCAGAAAGAUUGCAGCUUGUUUUAAGGAACAUGCUUCAGAAUAAAUGAACAGAAUAUUCCAGAUACUGCAACAGGGUCUUCAGCUCUAGUUUCUGGUUUGGGUUUUUGGGGUCUGUGUUGGUUUUUUGUUUUUGUUUUUUUUAAAUUACCUAUUCUACAAUAUAAAAACUAUAUAUACAUAUACAUAUACAUUCAGAGUAUUUAUCUACAUUAUUUAAUUCAAUAAUGCUGUGAAGCUUGUCGGGCUAUCAAGCGGCAUAAAGAGGAAAACUUACACUUUUGAAAGGGCACUAUUAUUUCUGUGUCUUUGAUUUGGUUCCCACUGGAAUAAACAAGAACCACACCAUUAGUUGUGUGGAAGCAGGAUCUCAACUUCACAGACCCGAAAGUUUGGCAGUCCCUUGGAGGGCAAGGUAAUUUGCUGUGCAGCAAUCCGAGCCUUGCAGUGGGCACAGCGCGUUUUGAAGGCGUUCAGAGCCGUCCUUGGGUGAGGGCGUGAUGCUUGCAAAGGGCCCCAGUGAAUCCCCCGCUGUUUUAAAACGAGAUUAAGCCAUCAUGAGAUGUGGACUGGCUAACCCCAAACCAGACACAUUCGCCUGCAGCGCAGCCGCUAAAUUGGUCUGACAUCAGGAACCGCAGCGAAGGAGCUUGGCCUCAGAAGUGAGUCAAAGCAGCAUCUUUGUCACCAGUCAUUUUCUAUUUAUAAUGACACAGAUCUAUUUUAUAAUCACGGGGAGGCACAACAGGAGUGUGCUUUGUUCUGCCUAAAUCGCAUUUCUCGUGCGGGUGCGUUUAAACACAGCCCUUGGCCCCUUGCCCCACACCACACACACCCAGGGCGGGCAGCUCUGGCACAACAAUGCACACCCUGUCGUGCUUGAAUGAGCAAAGCCUCCAGUGCUGGAGCAAUAAACUCCAGCUAAAUGGCUUAAAAAUGUUCCCUUAAGUGCACCGAGCUGCCCUGCUGCUGCCUCACUUCUCAUUUCCAAUGCUGUUCUGUUUCUAAGCCUUGUGUUUCAAAGAAACCAGGAGUGUGUUUUGUUGUUUAGUGGUGGAAAUUGCUGGACAUUAAUAACUGUAAGAAUUUGGGGUGAAAAACUCCACUCCCCAGCCCAGCCCUCUUUCCUGGUGCAAACCUGACAGCUUUUACUCCUGUGUUUUCACAGGCUAUGAACAAAUUCCCAAUAGCUGCUUGGUUUGGUUCCUGGAGAAUGGGGUCCUCAUCUGUGCAAACUCUCAGAGCUAUGAUGGUAACCCCUCUUUGCUUCCUUUUGUCCUUUCUUUUUCUUUUUCUUUUCUUUUUUUUUCUUUUUUUUUUUUUUUUUAUGAAGGGUCCUGCUGUGUAUUUCCUAGAAAAUUAUGGUUUUGUGAUCAAUAGAUUAAUUUUUGUAACCUGUUUUCAGUUCUAAAGCCUGAAGAUCAAAACCAAGUUGUACAGUAAGAUUUGCGGGUGAGCAGAAGUGCUUUUUUCCCCUCCCAAACCUACUCGUUUUCAAAUCCUGACUCAUUUGGAGCACAAUUCUGGUUACUUUGAGGAGGUCUGAGGUUGAAAGAGAGGAAGGGGAGCCCCACAGAGAGAGGAGAUAGCAGAAGCCAGUCUGGAAGUCUUAUGAGAUGUGUGGACAAGUUUCCUAUCAGUGGGUGAGCAGAGAGCUGCGUGGCCCCACUGGACCCACAGUUACUUAAAACCUGCACUGAUAUUCAAAGGCAAAAUUUGGGCAGUGAACCUUCAUCAGACAUGCUACAUCUUCAGGGUAAAAAAACAAUCAAAAAAAGAGCUCAUUUGUAAGGACACUCAACUUUUUAGCUAUUGUCAAGACCUGAGUUCAUAUUGACUGGAUUUUCUCCUCCAAAAUGUCAUUAAUCCCAGAAAUGGCUAAUGGCUUCGGGGCUCCCGCCUGAAGUACUUGGCUAAAACCAAGAUCAAAAACUCAUAUGGAGAAUUACCUCAUAUCAGGAAUUACCUUAAAACUCAGACCUGAUAAGAUUCAAAGAAAAGCAAUUUAUUUGUAAACAACUAUUUUAUAGUUUCUGACAGUGAAAAGUAACUGUGUAUCCAGAGGGCACCAUCAGAUAAGAAAGCAAGCCUGAAUCCCUUUGUGUACUUGUGUUUUUCAGCCAAGGAAGAUUCUUCUUAAUGUGCAAUUUUAGAUUAGAUUGCAACCUUUUGGAGUAGGAACUAUGUAUUUGUUCUCUGCAUGUGCAGCUCUUUACAUGACAGGACCCUGAUUAGAGCCUUUGUGGGCUGUUCUACCCUCAUAAUCUGUAAUAAUAGGAAAAAUAUAAUUAAUAUGUCAUUGCAGUUUACCUUUAAUAUUAUGAUUGUGAGACUGUACUCUGUCAACUGUGAAUAAAAUAAUGUCCUUUUUGUAUAAUAGGUAGUAUAUUUUAUUAUUGAAGAAAGAGUUAAAUUUAAUUUUUAAACAGAAAAAGUAUCUGCUCAUUGUUUUAUUUUAAGCUUUUGAAUAGAUAAGCAAAUAUAUCUCUUGCAUCCUUCAAAUGAGUAUGUGUUAAAUGAAGAAACCCACCUUCCUGAAUUGGAGCUGUUUAUAAUUAUAUUCCAAGUGUGAUUAACACCUUUUAAUUUGAAUUAAAGUGGUUUAUUUUCUCAUUG